AUGGCCAGCUGCGGGUUUCUGUCGCAUCAUCUAUUUCGUCGUUCUGAGACCGCUCAACUGUUUGUGAGGGAACGACAUCAUCGCAAAAAUACCAAUGUGACGGUGACGUCGUCCGAAGAUGACAGUGACGGGUACUCGUCGCCGUCACGAAAGGUGACGAUGGUGGAAGAGAAGCAGCCAGCGGCUGGAUACCGACGUUUCUCUCCUAAUGAUGAAUAUAUUGACCCCGGUCUACUGAAGAAACAUUGCGCACACCUCUCCUACACCACAUCCGUUGCGACAUACCCAGCCAUAAGGACAUUUUUCAGCCCACAUCCUCACAUGGAUAAACUUCCUUCGGAACCUACACCUAUUCCUAUGCUCGUAUUUAUUCACGGUCUAGGCGGAAGUCUCGCCCAAUUUCAUCCACUAUUGACAAGUCUGUCAAACGUUGGACCAUGCUUCGGGAUCGAUCUGCCUGGAUGUGGAUUGUCCACGUUCGCCCCUAAAUCUUGGGAAGCCUACUCACUCGAAGCCCUAGCGGAACUCGUUGCAGUUGCAAUUGAGGAACAUCGCGAUAAAGUCGCAAACCAAGGUGUCCUUCUGAUUGCUCACAGCCUCGGAUGCUCGUUGUCUGCGUUACUAGCAUCAUCUAGCUCCACAGUGGGCAAGGAGCUGAAACCAUAUAUUAAGGGUGUCAUUGCCAUCUGCCCCAAAGCUUCUCCACCAACUGCGCAAGAAACAGCACUUGCUCGGAAACUGCUUUAUAUACCAACACCUAUAUUUGAUAUGUGGCGUCUCUGGGACCGUCGAGGCGGUGCCGAGAGCAAGAGCGUCCGACGGUUUGUUGGUGAAAAGGCCGAUCCAGAUACGAAACAGCUACAACUACGAUUCAACGCUCAGAGUCGGAGUGAUGUUUGGAGAAGAAUGGCAUGGGGAAGUCUUCCCGUGUAUAACAGCCAUGGAGAACCUAUCGGCGGGAUGCCUGGUAAGACACUAUGGUCAAAUAUCAGGGUACCUCUUUUGCUCGUUGCUGGUGACUCAGAUGCAGUCACAAAGGCUACUGAAGUAGCGAAAAUCGUUCGUUUCAUGGGAGGUUCGGAUGUUGAUUCGACAACGCGGACAGGACCCGAAGAUGCAAUCAUCCCCGACGCGGCACGGGUGCACGACACUCGAAGCUCGGCGUAUACAGAUGCACGGGCUGAUGAAGAGAUAUACGGACUUGAUGUCUCAGAGAAGCAACAGCCGGACAUCCAGUCCACGAAAGGAAAAGUCGUCAGGACGAGAAUUCUGCCAGCCCCCGCUUCUCAUGCUCUUCUGUACGACCGUGCCACCUACCGCACGCUAGCAGGAUUGAUCCAAGACUUUGUGCAAAAAUAUAUUGAUCAUCGUCUAAGCUUGGGCUGGCAAUUGCAGCAUCUGAACACUUCUGGCAAGUGGGAUGUUAAGAACCUGGUCAAGUGGCAGAAAGUUCCUCCAACUUCAGCCCCCAUCGCCAAAACAUUUAUUGCUAUGAAGAUGCUUCGCGGAGUAGACGAGGUUCACAAUCCAGUCCACUUUUCGGAGGAAUGGCGCGGCAAAAUACAUGCCGUGAUCGACAUCAGCCACGAGAACCCAGUGUAUGACCCCCAUGAGCUGGAAAAGGGGGGUAUUCACUACCACAAACAUCCGACGGUCUCCAAGAUCCCUCCUACUCCCGAUGAAACUCGGGAUUUUAUUGGACUGGUCGAUCAACUGGAGAAAGAGAUUACCGAAAAGACCGGUAAGGAUGUUAGCGAUCCUACUCGUCCUUUGAUAGGGGUGCAUUGCCACUAUGGCUUCAACAGGACGGGUUUUCUGAUUGUUAGCUAUUUGAUUGAGAGGAAAGGGUAUGGCGUUCAGGAUGCCAUUGACGAAUUCCAACAGUGCCGGCCACCAGGUAUUCGGCAUGAUCAUUUUAUUGAUACGUUGUUUGUUCGUUAUUGUGUUGGGCUUAAGCGAAGUACGACACUGGAGUGAUCUUUUAAUUAUCUAUAUUUUUAUUUUCUUUGCUUUGGGCGUGGUUAGCUGUGGCGUCAAGGGGUUAUGUUUAUAAGGUUAGGCGCGAGCAUAGAUGGAUCUCUCAAUGAACACUGGAUACUGGACGAACAGCCUCUAGAAAGGAUUCUAGGACGAUUUGGCUGGUGCUUGGGAUGAUUGUACACAUAUGAACUUAUAUAAUGCAUUAUUAUUAUAUUUUUAUUGGAUUCACUACAAUAAAUAAGUACCCAGGUACUGAAUUGGAGAACCC